GAGCGACUGAGCUGGCCCCUCCUCACUUUGCAAAUCUUCUGGACGCCUCAAAGGACCCCCAUCGCAACAUGGAACAGAUCAACGUCUACCGCGCCAAGAUCACGGCCCGCCUGGAACGCUACGAGCAAUUGAAGGAACUAGAAAAGCAGACUGGCGUGGACAAGUUCUAUAUCUUCGUCGCUAUCGCGCUGCUUGCAGGUGUAUUGCUGUUCGUCGUCGGCGGCGCGCACUUGAUCUCCAACUUGGUCGGCUUUGUCUACCCCGCGUACAUGUCGUUCAAGGCGCUUAACACCGAAACGUCUGGUGACGACACGCAAUGGCUGACGUAUUGGGUUGUGUACUCGGCUUUCAACUUGACGGAGCAAAUCACGGACACGCUCUUGUUCUGGGUGCCCAUGUACUUUUUCAUCAAGAUUGCGUUCCUCGUGUGGUGCUACCACCCUUCCACGUUGGGUGCCACAACCAUCUAUGAAAGCCUCAUCAAGCCUAAUUUGGCCGGCCACGUGAACCAAAUUGACGGUGUGUUGAAGCAAGCGUCCGAUGCUGCCAAGAAGGCGUCGAGUGCUGCCAACGACGCGGUCAAAUCGGCUACCGGCAAGUUGAACUAGGCUAGAUGGACACAAUGCACCACCAAUGCGUAUGUAUUUACCAACCUGCUGCAGCCCGUAUACCGGACCGAUCCCAUGUAAUUGCAAAAUGCAGCUCGCCUCCAUUUCCA